AUUUUUUAUUUUUAUUUUAUUUUUUUUACCUUUAUUUAACCAGGCAAGUCAGUUAAGAACAUAUUCUUAUUUUCAAUGACGGCCUGAGAACAGUGGGUUAACUGCCUGUUCAGGGGCAGAACGACAGAUUUGUACCUUGUCAGCUCGGGGGUUUGAACUCGCAACCUUCCGGUUGCUACUCCAACGCUCUAACCACUAGGCUACCAAUAUGCCAUCAUGUGCAACGCUGCUGUUCUGUUUCAGUAGCCAUUAAACGCGACAUUUACUAGCAACAUUCCAUUGAUCAUUUGUUGCUGAUCGUCACUAGCUAGUAUUUAUUCCCUCCGCAGCUUCACAGACGCGUCUACUAUAAAGGAGGUUGGGGAGGCUGUGCUCACUACUCUCACUGAUUAACAUUUUCCGAAGCGUUCGCAGGACAUUUGUGUGCAGGGGGAAUUCUAGCUUUUUUUCUUAUUUUUUUGUCAUGAAACUGUUAUUCAAAUACAGGUCGUAGGUGAAAUGCAUCAGAAGGUAUGUGCCAGGAGGACCUCUCUCUUCACUGAGAAUGGACAGGCUCGUGGGGCAUCUGCUGACCCCCAGCUCCCAUUCAGGUGCCCUCGGUGUGGGGAGCAUAAGAGGUUCCGUAGUCUGGCCUCCUUGAGAGCCCACCUGGAAUACAGCCACAGUUACUACCACACCAUGCACGAGCUGAGCCUUCCGACCCGCAGGGUGCAUUCCCACCCAGAGAGAGCCCUGCACCGACGCUCCCUGAGUGACACACGAGAGGUCACUAUCUGCAUAGAGAGGUGUCGUAUGCCCCAUGUGGGGACGCAGGCAGCUGAGGAGAUAAAGACUGAGAAUGAAGAGGAGGAGGAGGAGGAAGAGGCCAGUAAAGAUGGUCUCAAAAUCCACAUGUCCAGCCCUGGGACAGAUCAUAUCCCUUCCCCCUUUCCAUUUGACGAACCUCCAGACCCAGGCAGCAAGCUUGAGGUAGUGUUUCCAGAGCGGAAUGUCUGUACCGAGGAGAUGUCGCUCCGGCGCAGGCUGGCCAAGGUCCUACGGGUGGUGGACAGCACCAUGCAGAGGAGGCUGCACAGGGUUACCACGGAGCUUGCCAAGACGGACACAGAGCUGCUGUGUGAGUGUGCCCUCUCCCAGCACCUGGCGCAGGGGAGGCAGGAGGUACAGGAGAAGGAGCGGGCGCUGAGCCGGCAGGCGGACGUGGCAGUGAUGGUGAUUGCCACGCUGAAGGAGCAGCUGAAGGAGUCAGAGUACGAGCUGGAGAGGCAAGAACAAGAAGUCAUCACCAUUCAGAAUUUCCUUAAGGCUGCCACCCAGCAUGAGAUAUGUGGUAAAGUUCGGAUCCAAUGUUUCAUUGAGAACCUGCUCAAACGCAUCGCCCUGGCUGAGAGGCUACUGGAAUACUACCAGAGCUCCCCCAGUCCACCAAACUACGCAGAUUACAUGCACCAGACAGCUGAAAACAGACCUCAUAGAAUCCCCAAAAGCAGGUCAGCGGGUUGUCAGCUGUCACAGUCCUGUCCCCAGGAAGGUAGAACGCACCCCUCCCUAUUAGGGCGGAAAGUGGGUCACUCUAGCUACUUCAGACCUGAUCACAGAGAUGAAGUCUGGACCCAGGGCAGCAGAUCAGUUGGAUUUGAGGACUAAGUAACCUGACCAGGGUAGAGAAAUUAAUGUAUAUAUGAUAUGUAUUUACUCAAUGUAUAGCUAAUACUGAGCAGGGUUGUAUCAAAGUCUUUAUGGCCAUGUGUACGCUGGUUUUUGCUCCAUUCUCAAAUCUUAUUUUGUCACAUGCUUCGUAAACAACAGGUGUAGGCUAACAGUGCAUUGCUUACUUAUGGACCCUUACCAAAAAUGUAGAGAGGGGGAAAAAAUAGACAAAUUAAUAAAUACACAAUAUUUUUUUUUAAACAUUGAAAUUGGGGUGUGAAGGGUCAUCCUUUCUCUUGUAAAAAAUACAUGGAAACUCGAUGAAUGAAGCAAAAUAUAAAUUUGGUAUCACUUUACUUGACACCCAGUGUCAUAACACAGUCAUAAUGUCAUAACAGCUGACAUAACAUGUCAUAAUGUGGUCAUUAUACUGUCAUGGCCCAUAUAUUUACACCUGUUGUGACAUAUAGCGUUAUUCAAAUUAGUUUCAACCUGCCAAGAAGUUUCCUUUAGUUUGAAAGUUUGUUUCGUAAAUCCUUUGUUGUUAUAAAUUCUUUACAGUCAUGUUUUUUCAUCAAAUACACUUUGACAAUUUCAUGAAGCAUUAUGAGCAUCCUGUGUCACUUUACUUGGACUAAGAAAACACACUUUAUGACACUGUCAAAAAGCAUUAUGACCAUCAGACUCCUAUAAGCCAGAUAGGCCAAUCAUGUACAUGACCUUAUAUCAGUCAUCAGUCAAAACGUGGGUGUCUUGUCCUGCUCCUGAAAUCAGUUCCUGCAUCCAUCCCAGUCAUCAUCAACAGAGCAUUGUUGUAGGUGCAUGUCUGACAUCAAUGUGUGCGCAAUUACAAUGAUAAUUUUGAUAUGGUCAAUUAAAAAACACACACACACACAUAUAUACUGUUGACAUGUAUGCUAGGGUGUAAUGGAAUGUUUUGCCUUAUGUGGUGGGUUUUGGCACUUAUGUAGGUGUCAUAACUAGCUAUAAAUAACGCAAUAUACAGUGUAUUCAGAAACUAUUCAGACCCCUUGACUUUUUCCACAUUUUGUUACCCUACAGCCUUAUUCUGGGGUAUUGUGUGUUGAUAGAUGAGGAAAACAUUUAAUCAAUUUUAGAAUAAGGCUGUAACGUAAACUUUUUGGGGAAAAGUCGAGGGGUCUGAAUACUUUCCGAAUGCACUGUAUGUUACAACAGGUCUAAAUAUGUCAUGCCAGUGUUAUGACAUGGUUAUGAUCGUGUUAUGACACUGGAUGUCAAGUAAAAUGUUAGGGUACAUUUGAAUGAAAUCCUGUUUUAUGAAAUCAUGCAUCCUAAUUGGCUGUGAUGUAGUAUCUAUGUUUACAAGUCAUUGUACUCCAUCAAGCCAUGAGAAUAUAUUAGAAAGAAAUCCAAAUAAAACAUCUCUUUGGUAUUUGUUGUAACUGUAUGUUUUGUUAAUGGUGUUGAUAUUUUGUAUACAGCUACUGGAUGUCUCAAAGGGAAAUGUAGUUUUAUGGGGAAAUGAAGGCAAUGUAGCAAAUGCAUGAAUAUAGCCAAUCUUUUUAUAGUUACUGUUAUUUACAUGGUGCUGCUGUAUAGACCACGGUUGAAGUCUAAAUUCAGAAAAAAAGUUUUAUUUUCAAAAUGGACCUCCUGAAUUGACAUAGCUUUAUAGUUACAUUUAUGUCAUUUAGAGGUGAAAGAAACGCACACCUAUUUAGGCGAGAUGCUGGCUAGCAGAGUAGAACACUUAAAUUAAAGGACACUCUAGGAACUCGGAUGCAAUAAUAACCUAAUAACCAACGUUUGGACAGACAAGCUGUCUUCAUCAGGGUAUAAUGACAAACACUGCUGGGUGACUAGUUUAUAUAGUGUCAAAGGACACACAGGUGUCUAUAAUCAUGGCCGGGUGUGGCCUGAUAUCAAUGGUUAAUUCUCAGAUAUAAAGAUACCAAAAACAUGAAUGGAUAGCAUAGGAUCAUAGAUACAAUUUGGCUACAUUUCCAUCAUUUAGCAGACAUUCUUUUUUGAUAGUAAUUUGCAUUAGGCGCAUAACUAUUGUCUAUUGUGAGAGCAUGCUCCUUAUAUUUUAUCUUUAUAUAUUUAUGUUUAUCUUUUGUAGCAGAACGAGAUGUAUUUUAAUGGCAACAGAGUUGCCCAAUUGAGUAAAGAGCACUUUGGGGCUUAUGGGUCUCCUAAGGAGAUUGUUGCUAGCACUGGACAAGCAGAAAGAGAGAGGAGGAUUCAGGUAUUGAAUAUGACCAGAGAUAAAGUUAGUUUAAUUAUGUGCUACUGUUAUAUUUCAAGUCUAGUCUCCCUGGUUUAUGUUUGUAGGUAGGUGGGUUUAUUUGCAAGAAUAUUAUUUUGUUUUGUGCCUUCACUUGAAACACUGUAGUCUAACACUGCAAAAUCCAAUACUGUGAACAAUUGUACUACUUUUGUUUAAACUUGAUGGUUUGAUGUGUGACAUGAAGAUUAAAGAACAAAUUCCUCAAA